AUGGCUGGGUCGCGCGAAAGGUUGCUAUAUGACAGAAGAUCAGACUUGGACUACGAAUAUGAGCGACGUCGCCGCUAUGAGAACCGAAUCGAGAAUAACCGGCCCGAAAACCGGGUCCGAUAUGAUCGCUAUAGAGCGGAGCGUCCUCGCCGAAAUGGUUACGUAUAUGAAGACAUUUACUCUGACUUCGACGAAGCGCAGGGUCGCUUAUCUCUCUUCCGACCAAUCAGACCGGAGUAUCUGAACCUCCCUAACGCACAUACGAAAUACAACUCCCUACCACGAAACUAUUACAACGAAAGACGAUACAAAAAGGACUAUUACGACUUCAGAAUCGAGGAACGCCGCCCGCGCGAAUCUUAUGACUACCAGCGAAAACGCCGUAACGAGUUUGCGUCCAAGCCAAAAAAUGUAGCGGUGUGCAAACCACUCCGUUUACCGGAACAAAACGUUCGCUAUUGGACCACAGACUUUCCAAAAGAGAAGAAGAGGAAAGAUGAAACGAAGAAGAUAGUUAAAUUCUCAGAAGUAUCAGGGUGUCAGAAGAUGGUGGUUGAUGAUCCCAUAUGUGGGAAGAAAACGGUAGCGGCGAGAGAGUUAGAGGUUUCGUUGGAUCAAAUGAUACAGAAUGGAUAUUUCGAGAAGCAUAAUAUACCGAUAUUGAAGGAGAGAAAGGAUGAGAUAGUGGGUGCAGUGCCAAACGGAAAAUGCCUAACGGGGGAACCGCCGAGACCCAUAACGCGCAAGUCAAGACAUCUACCUCAGGUAAUCGCAGCUUUAGCGGUUUCCCUAGCACCGUUCUCAGCCGGUUUGGGUAAAGGAUAUAGCUCCCCCGCCAUCGCAUCUCUGCAGGGUCCUGGAAAUUCCACCAGACGGGACUUCCAGCUGACGGAUCAGCAGGCAUCUUGGCUCGCGUCCUUAUCUUUUCUGGGCGCCUUAUUUGGUGGAAUGGCAGGCGGUGCAGCGAUGCGGCAUGGGCGGCGCCGCGUGCUCUCACUGGCUGCAGCACCGUGCAGCUUGUCAUGGCUGCUCACUGUCCUAGCCACGAGUGUCCGUAUGAUGUGCAUUACUGCCUUUUUGGGCGGGUUUUGCUGUUCCAUACUUACAAUGUUAUCUCAGGUGUACAUCAGUGAAAUAUCAGUACCAGAUAUUCGUGGCUGUCUUAGCGCCGUAUUAAAAGUCGUCGGACACCUCGGAGUACUGUUCAGCUUCACCAUUGGAGCCUAUUUGGACUGGCAACAAUUAGCACUUUGCAUAUCCGCCGCACCCUUACUUCUAUUCUGCACAGUUCUUUAUAUACCAGAGACGCCAAGCUAUCUCGUGCUAAUUGGAAAGGACGAAGAAGCGUAUAAGAGCCUUUUGUGGUUACGAGGUCCGAACUCGGACGUAGCACAAGAAUUAGCCACUAUUCGUACUAACGUUCUAGCAAGCAAAAACUUUAGCCAGCGCCAGAGUCAGAUGACAAGUAGCCAAUUAAUUAGUUCUCUAGAUGUUAGGACGAUGAACCGUCUCCUUGGACCAAUUCUAGUGACCUGUGGUCUCAUGAUGUUUCAACGGUUUUCAGGCGCUCAUGCGUUUUCCUUCUACGCUGUCCCAAUUUUUAGGAAAACCUUUGGCGGUAUGAACCCGCACAGCGCAGCCAUCGCUGUAUCUUUUGUCCAGUUAUUAGCGUCCUGUCUUUCUGGCUUGCUAAUUGAUACUGUCGGUCGUCUACCGCUACUUAUAGUCAGCUCUGUUCUAAUGUCAAUGGCCUUGGCUGGUUUUGGAAGCUAUGCGUAUUACGAGGAGGUUCACCGAAAUCAAAGAAUUCAGAAUGUAAUGUUUCAUCAAACAGUCGGACAAAAUGAUUGGAUUCCUUUAUUGUGUGUUCUGGUUUUUACCAUUGCUUUCUCCUUGGGUAUGAGUCCCAUCUCUUGGCUCUUAAUAAGUGAGCUAUUUCCUUUAGAAUACAGGGCAUUUGGAAGUGCUAUGGCGACAGCUUUUAGCUAUUUAUGUGCUUUUGUUGGUGUCAAAACGUUUGUCGAUUUUCAGCAAGCUUUAGGUCUGUAUGGGGCGUUUUGGUUGUAUGCCUCUAUAAGUGUUGGAGGACUUUGUUUUGUGGUUUGCUGUGUGCCGGAAACAAAAGGUAGGGAUUUAGACGAAAUGGAUCCGAAUUAUGUUCAAAGUUUGUCUCCGAAGAGGUAA